UAGAGGGCGAAAACAGAUUUUAUGAAACACACAGGAUCAGACAAAAAUCAAGAUGGCACUCCGUGUUCUUGUCGGCGUGAAAAGAGUGAUAGAUUAUGCAGUUAAGAUCCGUGUCAAACCAGACAAUAUGGGUGUGGUUACAGAGGGUGUUAAACACAGCAUGAACCCAUUCGACGAGAUAGCCGUAGAAGAGGCUGUAAGGUUGAAGGAAAAAAAACUUGUCAAGGAAAUCAUCGCGGUCAGCUGCGGACCACAACAAUCUCAGGAAACGUUACGUACAGCACUGGCCAUGGGUGUUGACAGAGGUAUUCAUGUUGAGGUCAGCGGAGCAGAAUACGAGGGUCUAGGUCCAUUCCAUGUUUCCAAGAUCAUGGCAAAACUUGCGCAAGAAGAAGAUGCAAACUUAGUCAUUCUGGGCAAACAGGCAAUUGAUGAUGACUGCAAUCAGACGGGUCAAAUGACGGCGGCCAUAUUGGACUGGCCGCAAGCGACCUUUGCCUCAGAGGUCAAAGUUGAGGACAAUAAGAUGGAAGUGACGAGGGAGAUCGAUGGUGGAUUAGAGACGAUCCAGGUCUCAUUACCAGCCGUUGUCACAGCAGAUCUGAGGUUAAAUGAACCCCGGUAUGCAACGCUACCAAACAUCAUGAAAGCCAAGAAAAAGCCAAUUGCCAAGAAGACGCCCGGUGACCUCGGUGUUGAUGUGACCCCAAGAGUAGAAGUGGUCAGAGUGGAAGAUCCACCGGUCAGAGAAGCAGGGCAGAAGGUCGAGAACGUGGAGGAACUUGUUGGCAAACUCAAAGAAGCUGGCUUCUGCUAACACUGGCUUGACAAAUUAUCAGACUCUGUACAGCUUCAUGCCUUCCUGCUCUUAGUCCCAGUUGAAGUGUACGCGAGAAAAAUGAGGUGUAAGACGAGGAGUAUGGCCAGCCCCACCAAUGGAAUAAUUUGUUUGUAGAUAUCCAAUCGAUACAAGGCAAAUACCUAGCAAUAUAUGUGAAAUGUGAUCCAAUGGGUCUACAUGUAGGACUUGGAGUUAGGAAUGGUGCGUACUGUCAGGGGAGCAUUUCAUGAACAAUUUUGUGUCGGAUUGAUACGCUCUCAGCCAAUCAGAUGCAAGGAUCUGGUGAAAAUUGCUGACAAAGUUUUCAUGAAAUGCUCCCUGGAUCAUUCCUCUGAUUUGUCAAUUUGUGU